UACUUGAAUUCCCAGCUCAGAAUGCUGUAACAUUCUAUCUAGGUUUCCACUGUUCUAUCCUCACCUCAACACAACCCCCCACCCCCCCAAAAAAGAAAAAGAAUCCCAGAAAGUAUUAAAAAAACGAAUCCCCAAACUCAUACACAAACUGGUAUUAUCAUUUUACUGGAUUGUGUCGCUAUAGAAAAUCAAUCUUUGGAGCAAAUACAACAGUUGUUGAGUUUUAGUGGUGAAUAUAAUGGCGUCGCAGGCAGCAAAUUUGUGGGUAUUGUUGGGAUUAGGAUUGGCUGGAAUACUCAUAAUGACCAGAAAGUUUAAGAAAGCUGUUAAAGCUGACUUUGGAGCUUUUGUUGAACGGCUUCAGCUUCUGCCACCGCCUCAGCCACCUCCUCCUAAAGCUCCUCAUCCACUCACUGGCCUCUCUUUCGCCAUCUCCGAUGUAUUCGAUAUCAAUGGAUUUGUGACAGGGUUUGGAAACCCAGACUGGUCAAGGACUCACGAACUUGCUAGUCAGACGUCUGCCGUGGUUUGUGCACUUGUUGAAGGAGGAGCCACAUGUACUGGAAGAACUAUUGUAGAUGACAUGGCAUUUGGUAUUAGUGGAGAACAUAUCCACUACGAUACUCCAACAAAUCCUGCUGCUCCCGCACGGAUUCCAGGAGGAUCAUCUAGUGGAGCUUCUGUUGCUGUGGCUGCAAAGUUUGUUGAUUUUUCCUUGGGAACUGAUGCUGUUGGAGGUGUGAGAGUACCUGCUGCAUACUGUGGAGUUUUAGGGUUUCGGCCAUCUCAUGGAACUGUUGCUCACACUGGCGUAAUUCCAGUUUCAGCUAGUCUUGACACAGUUGGAUGGUUUGCUAGAGAUCCCAGCAUAUUGCGUCGUGUCGGGCAUGUCCUGCUGCAGGUUCCAUUUGCUAGUCAGCGUAAUCCCAGGAAUGUCGUGAUAGCAGAUGAUUGCUUUCAGUCAGUAAAUUCUGGUGAUCGCGUCAGUCAAGCGGUGAUCAAAGCUGUCGAAAAGCUGUUUGGAAGACAAAUCAUAAGGCAUGAAAAUCUGGAAGCCUACCUAAACUCAAAAGUUCCUAGCUUAAAACAGUUUGCUAGCAAAAAGUCCAAUGGUGAAAGGAAAUCUUCUGCAACAAACUUGCUAGCAAAAGUUAUGCAUACACUUAAGAGACAUGAGUUCAAACAAAAUCAUCUGGAGUGGAUUAAUGCUGCAAAGCCGAAUCUGGACCCUGUUAUUUCCGCACAAAUGCAAGGAGGACCGGAGAUCACAGAUUCAAAUAUUGAAAACUGCCAUGCAGUUAGGAAUGAGAUGCGCUCAGCUCUAAAUGAUCUUUUGAAAGAUGAUGGAAUUUUGGUUAUCCCCACAGUUGCUGAACCUCCUCCAAAGAUUGGUGCAAAGGAGAUUCAGUCCGAGGACUACCAGAUUAGGUCAUGCUCAUUUUCAAGCAUAGCUAGCAUGUCAGGUGGCUGUCAGGUCUGCGUACCAAUGGGAUUUCAUGAUAAAUGCCCAGCUUCCGUGUCUUUCGUGGCGAGGCAGGGGGGUGACAGAUUUUUGCUCGACACUAUUCAGAGCAUGUAUGCAUCUCUCCAGGAACAGGCAGAAGUAGCCACGAAAUCAUCAACAUCUGGUAAUGCCAUUAGCAAGGAAGCAUCUGCUGAAAUGGCUAAAGAAAAGGGUAACCAAGCCUACAAAGAUAAACAGUGGCAGAAAGCCAUUGGCUUCUACACAGAGGCUAUCAAACUCAAUGGUAACAGUGCGACAUACUUUAGCAACAGGGCUGCAGCUUAUUUGGCGAUGGGAAACUUCCUCCAGGCUGAAGCAGAUAGCAGUAAAGCUAUUGAUCUUGAUAAGAAGAAUGUGAAAGCUUACUUAAGAAGAGGAACAGCACGAGAAAUGCUGGGCUACCAUAAAGAGGCAAUUGAAGAUUUUAGAUACGCACUGGUUCUUGAGCCAACCAAUAAAAGAGCAUCUCAGUCUGCUGACAGGCUGAAGAAGUUGUUUCCAUAGGUCUUUAGAAGGUAAACAGCUUUAGCUGCUUGUUGUUGCUGAACCCUUUGUGUCGAAGCGGGUGAUCUCAGCAGGAAUAUGAAGAAUUGAAAGAUUGAAAAUACGAGGAAUUGAAGGCUUGCGAUGAAAUUCUUUCUUUUACUGAGUAAUUUGAAGAUGAGGAGCAACCCUUGAUCUCGGCAUAGUUUGGUGGCUUUAGUUUAUGAUAUACUAGCGUUUGCGAGUCUAGUGCAAUUUUGUUUAGAUUAUGUUGCAUUCAAAUUGUACCUCUCGAGCUCUUCAUAUUUCCGACAUAACCAAAUUAUUUAUUGGAAUGAUUAUUCUGAAGGAUGGAACCCUAAUAAAGGUACUCCUGGGGUUAUGCAUGGGAAGCAAA